AUGGGUGUGCUACAACCGCGAGGACGCCGCGACUCGCGCGCCUCAGCCCUUUCGCGCAGCUUGGGCUGGGAUCGUGAUCACGAUCCCGAUGCGUCGUCGAUCGCGCCAGAAACUCUUGUAGAACGUGCCCAUGCCAACUUGGGCAGUUCCACGGGAGCCGGCACGGAGGCUGGCAGCUAUGGUGCCUCCAGUAUGCGGACUCCCAGUCGCUCAUUCUACCACCGCUCGUUCAACACCCCGACCGACACAGCACACUAUGCAUCAAGCGGGCUGCGCGAAAAAACAGCCGAACUAGCGACGUACGGUUUGUCUCUCAAUCGGAGGCAAUCUCGGGGGAGAGCUAGCUUAGCACCCAGCUUGGAUAUCUUUCGCGGCCAACUCCAGCAAUCGCCCUCAGCGUCCCGUGAUGGUGUAGGAAGUUCUCUUUUGCCUGAGGAGGAUGCAGAUCUGGAUUCACAGGCUGUGCUCCUGGACCCCUCCAGUGCCUCUGCAUCAUCCGCCUUGACACAAAUGAUUCAGCAGCCGGAUAACGGCAUGAUGGAUCACGCCGCACAACCGACAGAAGAAGCUCCCUUCUCACACUUGUCGACCAUUGAUGACGAGUCCGAGACCAGGGAUACAGAGACAACUUCCUUGCUGUCAAAGGUUCGAUCCAAGUCGCUGCAUCAAUAUGGUACAACGGAGGAUGUUGAGAGCCAAGAGCUACCAGUCCUACAGACACCCAACCCUCUACGCAAGGGAAUCACAUCCGUCAAAGAAUGGUCAGUCACAAUAUCGAACCCUAAAGCAUGGGAUCGCCACGCGAUCUGGAGGAACGGGGUCGUUCAGCCUGCCAGUCUGCUUCCCGCCGUGGUUCUCGGACUUCUUCUCAACAUUCUCGAUGCUCUCUCCUACGGAAUGAUUCUGUUUCCGCUCGGAGAACCACUUUUUGCACACCUAGGCGCAGACGGUAUCUCAAUGUUCUACGUGAGCACGAUUAUCUCCCAAGUAGUCUUCUCCAGUGGAGGCUCGAUUUUCAAGGGAGGGAUCGGCAGUGAAAUGAUUGAAGUUGUCCCGUUCUUUCACCAGAUGGCCUUCACUAUCAUGGAACGGAUCGGUAAGGACAACCCGCAGUCAGUCAUUGCGACCACUAUCCUUGCCUUCUCAAUCAGCUCCGUGCUCACGGGUCUGGUCUUCUUUCUGAUGGGUGCCUGCGGACUCGGAUCGCUCAUCGGAUUCUUCCCCCGACACAUCUUGAUCGGCUGUAUCGGUGGAGUUGGCUACUUUCUCCUGCAGACGGGCAUGGAAGUCUCUGCACGGCUUCCGGGCUCUCUUGAAUAUAAUUUCGGCACGCUACAGAAGCUCUUCCAGCUCGACACUUUCCCUCUUUGGAUGAUACCCCUUGUCCUUGCCAUUGCACUCCUUGUUUUAAAGCGUUUCGUUCGAUCUAAUUUCCUUGUCGGGGCCUACUUUAUUGGCGUGGCCGUAAUUUUCUAUAUCGUGAUUCUCAGCGCGCGGAUCUCCAUGGCGACUUUGCAUCACAAAGGAUGGGUGUUUGACGCGCCCUCCUCCAAUCACCCGUGGUAUCACUUUUAUACCCUUUAUGACUUCUCUGCAGUGGAUUGGGUGGCUCUCGCAGACACAAUUCCGGCCAUGUUUGCACUGACCUUCUUCGGAGUCCUACACGUGCCCAUCAAUGUCCCUGCACUCGGAAUCUCAACCGGGGAGGAUAAUCUCAAUGUGAAUCGAGAGCUGAUGGCGCACGGUGUCACCAAUGCUCUGUCCGGUUUCGCAGGUAGCAUACAGAACUACCUGGUGUACACAAAUAGCCUAUUGUUCAUUGCCAGCGGUGGGGACUCGCGCCUGGCAGGUCUGAUGUUGGCUGCUGCCACUGCUGGAAUCAUGUUUAUUGGCCCGGUCAUCAUUGGGUACAUUCCAGUGAUGGUUGUUGGGGCUUUGAUCUUCCUACUCGGCAUUGAACUCUUGCAAGAAGCCCUUAUUGACACUUGGGGCAAACUCACGAAAUUGGAGUACCUGACGGUUGUAAUCAUCGUCGUCACCAUGGGUGCAGUGGACUUUGUGAUGGGUAUCCUUGUUGGUAUAAUCCUGGCUUGCGUGAACUUUGUUGUACAGACAUCUCGCAAGUCAGCCAUUCGCGCGACCUUCUCUGGGGAGAUUGCCGGAUCUACGGUCCGUCGCCCACCCAUUCAGCAGCAGUUCCUUCGCGAAGCUGGGCGGCAAACUUUGAUCUUGAAGCUAGGAGGCUACCUCUUCUUUGGCACCAUUGUGAACGUUGAGAACACGAUGCGCGGGCUGAUUGAAGAAGAGGCCUUCUCGCAGCAGCCGAUCCGCUUCGUGAUUCUGGAUUUCUCACGUGUCUACGGUCUCGAUUUCUCGGCGGCCGAGGCGUUUACCCGAAUAAAUCGGGUGCUUUUGAAACGGAAUGUUCAAACCACCAUCUCCGGUCUGAACGUUGAAGGCGAGGUCGGCAAGUCUCUCCAGAAUGUCGGUCUUUUUGAGCCUGGGUGCGGCGUACCGAUCUUUGAAGACCUCAACUCGGCUCUUGAGUUCUGCGAGAAUGAGUAUUUGAAGAUCUUCUACGAUCACCAAGAGGCGUUUGCUCGCACUCCCUUAGGCACAGCGACCCCAGACACUGUCAUCGAAUACGAACCUCAAGCACCACUUCCUGUGCCCCAGAUUGCGAAUGCAAGCCUCGCAGACGGGGUAGUAAGUUCGCCGCGUGGUCAAUAUCUUCAGCGUGUGGCGACUAGCACGCUCCGUGACCACGAGCAUCAAACUGCCUUGAUGGCUGCACCUGUCUGGUCGUCAAUGCGCCAGCCCCUACCACUUCUCCUUCAAACCUUCCAGGGUCUCUCAACUCAAAAUGAAGACUUCUGGUUCCCUGCUUGCGCAUACUUUAUUCGCCAGUCCUACCCCGCAGAAGCAGUCUUGUACCACGAAGGCGACGUCCCCCGCGCCUUCUAUCUCCUUGAAUCGGGCAUGCUCCGUGCCGAGUAUAAUUUGCCGCAGGGUCGGUACUUUGAGCUCAUCGUCGCUGGUCGACCAUGUGGUGAACUGCCUUUCUUCAGCAAUACGCGACGUACCGCCACUGUCAAGGCUGAGCACGAUUGCGUGGCAUGGUGUCUGAGUGACGAGCGAUGGAAGGCACUGCAGGACGAAGAGCCGCGGAUCGCGAGAGAAUUGCUCACUGUGAGCUUGAAAUUGACCACGGAGAGGAUGGACAGUAUUACUUCAUAUGUAUUGACGAUGGCGGCUUGA